CCAUUGGCUCGACGAUGAUUCGAAAAUUUAUUCAUAUCAAACGAAUUAAUACUCGCAAAAAGAUAACUUACGCAUACUUCUGAUGGAUGGUUCAAGUAAUUUAAGAAUCCUAAUAGUGGGUAAUGUUGUGGGAAAGACUACUCUAUUGAAAACCUACUUAAAUAAAGAAUUUUACGAAUCAUAUUACGGCACCAUAGUACACCAAGAAUAUGACUGCAACAUAACUGUUGAUGAUAAGGAAUAUAAAUUGACUUUGGUAGAUACAGCGGGUCUAGAAGAAUAUAAGAGAUUGAGACCCUUAGCAUAUCCCAAUACAGAUUGUUUAGUAUUAUGCUACUCCAUUGCCCAUGCAGAUUCUUUUAAACAUAUCGAAGAUUACUGGUUGCCGGAAUUUCGUAUGUAUUGUAAAGGUGUGCCUUUCAUUUUGGUAGGCACUCAGUUGGAUUUGCGUGGUGCAAAUUCUGUUGAAAACUUAAAAUGCCUUACAGCCGAACAAGGGCAUAGUUUAAAGGACAAAAUUAAAGCUUAUUCUUUUGUCGAGUGUUCGGCCAAGGAUAUAAAUAGUCUUAAUAAAGUCAUCGAAGAAGCUGUAAGAGCUGCUAUAAACAAACCUAUUAAAAAACAUCUCUUAAAGUCAUUGUUUUUUGGCAAAAAGUGAAAGAAAUUUAAAAUUUUUUAUAUUGCUACUAAUAAAGAAAGGCAAAUAUUUAAAAA